UUCUCAACUUCAAUAUUCUCCACGGGAUUGCACAAAUAGUCUGCAUUUCUUCCCCUUGACUACAGCUCUCCAGGUGUCUUUUCUCACGAGAUAAUUACUCCUACUUCCAUUACUCCAUAACAAAGAGUUGGCAAGUCGUUCUAGUUUAAUUACGCUCUUAUGAAUUGCGUGCCAACAUCAGCCGCUGAAUUAUUAUCAAGUAGUUUAUACGUUGGAAUCGACGAAUCUGAAUCUUCCAUGGUAUCCAGUCACUCAUUCGGGGCUUUAGGGUGAAACUCUCAUUGGAAAACUUGAUUGAAGUCGCGGUGACAUCAUGGGUCGUGAAUUGACUCCAGAAUUCGCGAUUACAUACACAAAAUUGACGACAGGAAUUCUCUUCACCUGGCCACCGAGUUCCAAGGCAUCGCGGCUCACAGAAAUAAGUUUUCAAAUCGGUUGGUGGAUUUUCUGGCUCGUCUCCGUAGUACUCAUUGGUCCACUGCUCUCCACAGCAUUUCAACAACGAGCUAAUUUUAUUCAGCUCACCAAGCACCUCUGCAUAACUGUUUGUUGCAUUCAAGUAGUUGUCAAAAUGGUCAUUGGAAAGCACCACUACCAUCGGUUCCAGUACUUGAUCGAGGAAAUGGAAACGUUUGUGAAGAAAGCGAAUAACUACGAGCGAAAAGUACUUACGCAGUACGUCAAUCGAAUCGCUCCCUUUCACUACAGAUACAACAUGGUUUCAUUUGCGGGAACUUUGGCUUUUGUUUUCGGUCCCCUCAUCCGGGACCAGCCAUUUCCUACCGAAGCAGAGUAUCCCAUCCCCGUCGAUCAGCACCCUGUUUAUGAAAUUGUUUAUCUACUCGAGUCCAUAGGAGCUGUUCAAUGCGGCUGCACCGGUCCCUUUGAUUGUCAAGGCUGUUUACUCAUCUGGUAUGCAGCAAUUAGACUUCAAUUUCUCAUUGAGAAGAUUGAAACUGUUAGCAGUGCUGAUGAGCUCAAAGAAUGUAUUCGUAUGCAUCAGCAUAUAUUGUGGUACAUUGAUGAAACAAUCAAGGCUGUACGACCAGUAGUAGCAGCAACUGUGGUAUUGGCUACGUUGUCCAUUGCCUGUGGAGCAAUCCAUUUAGUUGGGAAUGCACCGAUUGAAGAGAAAAUUCAGUUUGUGGGCAUUGAUUUUGGGUAUUCCUUGGAGCUCCUAUGCGUGGCAUGGGCCACAGAGAAUCUAACGUUAGCAUGUGAAGAAGUUGGCUGGGCUCUGUACAAGUCUCCAUGGAUCAAACGCUCCAAGGAAUUCAAAAGAAUAAUCUUUUUCGUGAUGCAGAAAUGCCAUAAACCUCCGAAAAUAGCAAUCGGUGGACUUCUGCCCGAAUUAUCUAUAAGUUAUUACGCAACGUACAUGUCGAAAACAUUCUCCUUUUUCACGACGCUGCACGUUAUGCUCAAGAAAUUCGAAGAAAAUGUCUGAUGCAAUUUGAUAUAGGAAAAUGGAUAAAAAAAAUAGAACAAUUACCUAGUGAAGGCCGUUUUCCAGAUAAUCGCUCGCUAAUUGUCUUUCAGAAAUUCUACCUGACGUUUGCGUGGCACUCCACAAACGAUAAAGAGUUGACUGCACAUAAUAUAACUAAUAUAGACCAUCAAUAGUUAUAUUACAGAAAAUAUUUAAUUGUUGGUAUUGUUGUUUUUCUUCGCGAUGAAUCGUUUGAUCACUUCGCUGGUGAUUCUGAUGGCUAUGAUGCUGUCAAUACCAGAAAUGGUACAAGCUGGAAAGUGCACAGAGCAAAGUGACUGCGAUAAACACAAUGAUUGUCCCCCAAAUGUGUCGGUUACCUGUCGGGUAAUGUCAACACAUUUGAAAUACUGCAUGUGCGUUGCUCCUGCUCCUCCUGCUGAUCAACCUGAUGACUCUUAAUGAUUCUAAAUGAGAAAAAAGAGUAUACAUGUAUCACGCUUCAUCCCAGAAAGAAUAAAAAAUAAAAAUAACUGAUUCCAAUUGA